CAACCAAUCAAACUGAAACAAAUAAUUAUCCAAGUAAAUUAAAGUGACUUAUAAAAAACUAUAAUACAACAUAAAUCAAUCAUUCAGUUAUAAAUAUGUAGUUAUUAUCAUCUUUUACAUUAACUCCUGAGAUUUUAUCAACUCGGUGAUCAUGCGAGCUUUGAAAAAUUUUGAGUUACUUUCAAUCGUUGCGAUUUUUUCCAUUGUUAUUGUUGUCGGAGCUUCGUCACCUUUUCGCGCAAAUUUUCAACAUCUUUCGUCAGACAUACACGAAAGCACAGAUGUCUACAGAUUACCCAAUCAAGUGAUACCAGUUUCUUAUGAACUUAAAAUGGCUCCUGAUCUGAAGAGGUUUAUAUUCGCUGGCAAAGUGGAUAUAAAUGUUCAGGUGCAGUUUACAACUGAUCGAAUAGUUCUACACAGUAAAGGUCUCCAAAUACAAAACGUGAUGGUAAAAGAAACAAAAAAAUGCUUCAGUAAUGCGACAAUUGCAAUACCUGUAACGUAUAAAUUGGAUGAGAAAAAUGAGAUCCUCAUCAUACAGAAAAAGAAGAAGACUAGUGACAAAUUCAAAUCCAAUACGAAAUACAAAGUAUCGAUUAAAUUCAAUGGCAGGUUAGAGUCAGAUCCCAGAGGAUUUUAUCGUACUUCUUAUAAAAUGGAUAAUCAAACACGCUGGUUAGUGACAACUCAAUUUGAAGAAACUUAUGCUAGAAGAGCAUUUCCAUGUUUUGACGAGCCUCGUUUCAGAACUCCUUUCACUAUUCACAUUGCACGUCCAAAAAAUCACAUUGCUAUUAGUAAUAUGCCCAGUGAAACAGAUUAUUUGUUACCAGCAGACUCAAUGAGUAAUGGUCUCGGAUACGAGAAAUUUCAACCAACUCCACCAAUGCCGACGUACAUAGUUGCCUUCAUGGUAUCAGAUUUCAAACUGCUGAUUGAUCAAAAUCAAGAUCGCAGAAUACGCGUUAUUGCCAGACCUAAUGCUGUGAAAAAAGGAAGAUACGCUUUGGAACAGGCCAAUAAAUUGUUGACGUUUCUCGAAGGAUACCUUGGAAUUCCUUAUACUUUACCAAAAUUGGAUAUCGUAGCGGUGCCAAAUCACACGAGUGGAAUGGAAAAUUGGGGAAUGACCGUUUACGACGAAAAUUUUGUGAUAUUGGAUGGUAACGGUUCUGAAGAUCAGAAGAUUGAUAUAAGUGAAAUCAUAAGCCACGAAUUUGCACAUUUGUGGUUUGGAGAUUUGGUAACACCGGCUUGGUACGAUUAUACUUGGUUGAAAGAAGGAUUUGCGACUUAUUUUCAAUAUUUUGCGACUGCUGCAAUUGGGCCACCUACUUGGAAUCGUGAAGAGAUUUUUGUUGUUGAAACGACUCAAAUGAUUUUUUUGGAAGAAACUUCGUUCAAAUAUGCAUUAACACGGCCAGUACGAACAUUUCAAGGCAUUCAUGGCUCUUUCGACGACAUAAGUUAUCGAAAAGGUGCUAUUCUGAUCAGAAUGUUCGAAUUAAUGUUUUCUUCAAGUACAUUUCAAAACGCUCUGCGUAGGUUUCUAGAUGAUGGGCGGCGAAAUCAUAACGGGGUAGCAGUGCCCAAAAAUUUAUUCGAUGCAUUUGACAAACAGGUGGAAUUCGAUUCGUUGUCACAUCUUCCUCCUCAUGUGUACGCUUCCGACAUAAUGAGAACAUGGACCGAAAAUAUAGGAUACCCUUUAAUCAAUGUAACUCGUUCUUAUAAACGAGGAACAGCUGUGAUUCUACAGACACCAUAUCCCCUGAAAGUGCCAUCCGAUGAUUCAAGCAGAGAUCAAAAAUGGAUCGUCCCACUGACCUUCACAACAGAGUCCCAGCAGCAGUUUUCAAAUGUUCAACCAAAUUAUUGGUCAUUUGCGGACGAGCCUACAACACUAACCGGAUUUAAUAAUUCAGAGUGGAUUUUAUUCAACUUGAAACGAUCAGGAUAUUACAGAGUAAAUUAUGACUCGAAAAAUUGGCAACUCUUGAUCAAUCAGCUGAUGAAAAAUCAUAAGAAAAUACACGUCCUAAAUCGAGCUCAAUUAAUCGACGAUGUGUUUACUUUAGCCACUGAUCGAUUAAUCAAUUGCAAAAUAGCAGGUCGUUUGAUAAAAUAUUUGCAAAAUGAAACAAGUGUUAUACCUUGGUAUCCUGCCUCUGUAUGGCUUUUGAAAUUGAUAUCCAGUAAAAAAACGGACCCUGAAUCACAGAAAAUUCUCAAAAAACAAUUGAAAAAAUUCCUUAAAAAACCACUCAAAAUCAUCGGAUGCGCAUCAACAACAGAUGAUAAAAUCACGCGAACUGGGAAACAAGUAUUUUCAAUACUUCUGAAACAAGUAGGCAUAAAUAAGUGUGCAAGAAAACUGUUUCAAAUAUAUCAAAAAAAUUACAAUAAUUUAAACAAAAUUCCACAAAAUUUGAAAUGUGCAGUAUUUUGCAACGCUUUACGUUACUCUGAUGAGCCCAGGAAAAUUUACGAACAUUUAUGGCAUCAUUAUCAAAUAAGUAAUGAAAUGUACGAAAAGAAACAAAUUCUUGAAUCGAUAUUUUCUUGCACAAAUGACGAAGAAGUUAUCAUAAGCAUUUUAUCGAAAACAAUUGAUCCAGAAAUUGAAGAAAUUUCUCAGCAUGAUAUAUCGUUUAUUUUCAAAAAAUUCCCUUCAGAAAUACCAACGGUUACUGCGACCAUAAAAUUUGUCGAUGAAAAAGUUUCCAGUUUAUCCAACCUUGAUGAGAACUGUAUCAACUUUCUUAGAACUUUACUGAUUUCGAUCGAUUCAAAAAUCCAAACCGAAGAACAAUUGAACAUGAUUAAAAGUUUGGAAAUCAAAUUUGAAUCUCUAGAACAACAAAAAUACGUCGAAUACGUCAAGCUGGUUAAAAACCUGCGCACUAAUGCUGAGAAAAAAAUCAUAUUCAAAGAGUUGCUCCCGAAUAGAUGUUUGUUGUUGAAUAAAACUUCCGAAACUUCUGCAAUACGAGGGACAAUCUCAAAUAAUCUAUUCUGAUUUUGAAUUGAAUUUUUGUGAUCUCAAAGUUUUAUUGUUAGUACAUAUAGAAUAUUAUUUUAUUGAUAUUUUUGAAGCACAUACCUACUUUAUAAGUAAAUACGAGUAAGUUGGCUUUUGUAAAUUAAAUUGAUUGAAAGAUUUUUACAAUAGGUCGAGAUUUAAAUAAUAUUUCAACAAUUUCAAUCGUUUUUGUUAAUCCAAUUAAUUGUUUUGGCCUAUAGAUAGAUAUUUACCUAUUAUUUAGAUUAAUUGGU